UAUGUCAAGAAAAAACUUUCUGGACAUCCAAAUAUCAUCAGCUUUAUUGCAGCUGCUGGUAUUGAGAAGGAACAUUCUGAUCAUGGAAAAGCAGAAUAUCUGUUAUUGACUGAAUUAUGUACUGGUAAGAAGAAAAUGUAAAAGUGGACCAUUGAUUGAUCUCCUAAGAUCACUACAAUCUCCAUUGCCAUUUGAAACUGUCAUACAAAUCUUUUACCAGACAUGUUGUGCAGUUCAGCAUAUGCAUGAACAAAUACCUCCAAUAGUGCAUCGUGACUUAAAAAUAGAAAAUUUAUUGUUGAGUUCUAAAGGUACCAUUAAAUUAUGUGAUUUUGGAAGUGCAACAACAAAAUGUUAUCAACCAGAUAAUUCUUGGACUGCUAUGCAACGUAGUCUAAUUGAAGAUGAGAUGUGUAAACACACAACUCCAAUGUACCGUCCCCCAGAGAUUUUGGAUACUUACAACAAUUAUUCUAUUAAUCAGGCAAUGGAUGUUUGGAGCUUAGGCUGUAUUUUAUUUCUGUUGUGUUUUCGGGAACAUCCAUUUGAAGAUUCUGCUAAAUUGCGUAUAUUAAAUGCUAAAUAUACUAUUCCUCCAAAUGAUGUGCAAUAUGAAGACUUGCAUGAUUUAAUAAAAGAAACACUUCAAUUGAAUCCAGAUGACAGACCAACAGUGAAGGCUAUUUUAGAAAGAUUACGUAAAAUAGCUGAGACCCAGCAUAUGAAUUUGGAUGAUCCUUUAAAAUUAGGACAGAAAACUGGAAGUGUGCCAUCUAGUCCUGCUCAUCACAUUCCUGUAUCAUCAAGAAAAUCAAGCAACGAACAUGAAUCUCCUUUACAUCAAACUUCUCAAUAUCAACAAAAUGUGCAAUAUCCUCAACAACAAAUGAAUACUAAUUUAGCUAAUAACAGUAGUGCUGGUUUAUUUAAUACUUUAAGGGGUGGAGCAGGUAGCUUGCUGAAAAAUAUUCGUGAUACAUCAUCAAGAGUAAUGCAAACUGUACAUCAAACAAUAGCAAGGCAAGACUUAGAUUUUAAUUAUAUCACAAGUAGAAUUGCAGUUAUGUCAUAUCCUGCAGAGGGGUUAGAAUCAGCAUAUAGAAAUCAUGUUGAAGAUGUAAGGGGUCUUUUGGACGCACGACAUCGAAAUCAUUAUGCUAUCUACAAUGUUUCUGGGAGAAGUUACACUUCAUUUAAGUUUAAUGCAAAGAUUGCUGAGGCUGGCUGGCCAAUGAGGAAAGCACCAACUCUUCAAACUCUAAUAUCACUUUGUCGAAGUAUGCAUUCCUGGUUGAAACAGGAUAUUCGUAAUGUUUGUAUUAUUCACUGUCUGGAUGGUAAAGCAUCUUCAGCUGUUCUUGUCUGUAGUUUUCUUGUCUUUUGUCAUUUGUUUCAAACUCCAGAAGAGGCAUUGCAAAUGUUUGCAAUUAAACGGUGUCCUGUCAAUUUAGUUCCAUCACAACUGAGGUAUAUACAUUAUGUAUCAGGCUUAGUUUCUCCAAGUCCAGUAAUUCCUCAUCAGUAUUUAAUUACCCUUGUAUCAGUAUCAAUGAAACCAGUACCAUUGUUCACAAAACUCAGGGAUGGUUGUAGACCAUUUGCAGAAGUUCAUAAAGGCGAAGAAAGACUACUGACAACUUCACAAGAAUAUGAAAAAAUAAAGCAUUACAAUAUGACUGAUAACCAGGUGACCAUACCUUUAAAUGUAACUACUAUGGGAGACAUCUCAGUGGCUGUCUAUCAUGCCCGUUCUACAUUUGGCGGAAAAGUACAAGGAAAGGUAACAGCCAUUAGGAUAUUUCAGUUGCAACUUCAUACAGGAUUCAUUAAUCCAGGCACACAAACAAUUAAUUACAGCAGGUGUGAUCUUGAUGGAAUUGAGGAAGUUGAUCGCUAUCCAGAGGGAUUUUUUGUUACUUUACAUGUGAAAGUAGCUGAUAAAGAGCAAUCUUUAGAUCCUUCUUGUGCAUGGUUGGGAAUAUCACAGUUAGAUUUAACACCACAAAUAUUGUUUAACAGUGAAGAAGAAUUAGAGAAUUGUUUGGGUAAUUUUUCUACAACACAGAAUGCUAAUGGUAGGCCAAGUGUGGACAUUAAUGGUGUAACUGCUGCAGAUUUUAUGGCUUCUUUAAAUUGGCAAGAUGAAGAAAAUGCUGCAUCUUGUGAGACAGCUAAGAUUGCUGAUGAUUUGACAGAAAGUGAAUCUUCAGUUUUAUCCAAAGAAAUACCAAAGAGACCUCCACCUCCUAGACCUAAACCACCACAAACAACUAUUCCUGAAAUAGAUUUACUAAAUCUUGGAGAUGUUAAAUCUAAUGCAGAUAGUAAACCUGCUGUUAGUCUUCUCGAUAUUUCUGAUAAUGAUAUAGUCCGUACUACUAGUAAUUUUGAUCUUUUGAGUAACCCUCAGUCUGUUCCUCUCAUUACAAGCACUGCUGCUGAACAUUCCACAGAAAAAUUUGAUGAUAUCUUUGAUCCAUUUGGAACAACAAAUGAAGUUCCAUCUAUGAAUAAUCAACAACAAUCUCAAAAUAUUUUCAGUUCGCUAAAGAAAGAAAAUGUUUCAAAUGCAGCAGGUGAUAAUGCUGCUCCUGUAGAUGAUUUCUUUGAUCCUUUUGGACAAAAAGCAAGCUUUGACAUUUUGAGAGAAACAAAUAGUGCAGAUGGUACACCUCAGCAUAAAUCUAACAUUCCAACGAGUACAUCUGCAUUUAAUGUUGCUGCAAUGUCUUCACAUGAUUCAUCUCUUCUUGGAAGUUGGGAUUCUGUAUUUCAGUCUGGUCCUCCUCCUUCUGCUGCAACUACUGGACAGAGAUUAACAACAGGAACUAUUCCACGAAAUGCUUCUACACCUAAUUUAGAAACACUUAAUGCUAAAAUUGAUCCUUUUGCUGACUUAGGUGAUGUCAAGAAAACCAAUGCACAGCCUAAAGAUCCUAAUGUCCCUUCGCAGCAAAAAAAUAACAUACCACUUCAGUCAACUCUCAGAACAAAUAGUCCUCAGCAUAUGCCUCGACCUCAGUCUUUUGCGGGUAGUACUGCAUCGUCUUGGCAACAGCCCGGAAAUAAUGAGAACAAUCAGCAGAAUGUAAAUUCAACUGGAGCUGGGGCCGGGACAGGAGCCGGGGCUGGAGCUGGAGCUCAGAAACCAGAUUAUAAUAGAAGUCAUUUUUCAAGUGUAUUUGGAGAAAGAGAUGAAAGGGGUUCGAGGAAAACUGGAGUAGGACCAAAACCAAAGCUUGAUGAUACAGUGUUUGAAGAUUUACUCGGCAGUCAGGGAUUUUCUGGAUUUGGAAAGAAAGAUCUUGGACCAAAAACAAUUGGAGAACUCAGAAAAGAAGAAUUAAUAAAAGAAAUGGAUCCAGAAAAAAUAAAAAUUUUAGAUUGGACAGAGAAAAAAGAAAGAAACAUUCGUGCUUUACUUUGUACCCUGCACACUGUCUUGUGGGAAGGCACCAGAUGGCAAGAGGUGGGCAUGCAUCAACUGGUGUCAGCAGCUGACGUAAAGAGAUACUACCGCAGAGCCUGUCUUGCCGUUCAUCCAGACAAACAAGUGGGGACAGAAAAUGAGGCGUUGGCCAAGUUAAUAUUUAUGGAGUUAAACGAUGCCUGGACCGAAUUUGAAAAACAAAAUCAAGCUAGCCUUAACUAGUCAUACGCCAACUGGCGCACACGAUGUGAGAUAUCUUGUAUUUAGUCGUUGCGGGGAGUAAAUUUUGGCUCGACGGUUAGUUGAGAAGAAUAUCUUAUAUGAUUAUUUUGAUUAAAUAAUCCUAGAUACUCAGCUGUUACCAAAUUAUAUACUAG